UUUGAAACUUUUCUUCCUUUUUUGUUCCCUUUCAUCAUCCUUCGUCUUCCCCAAAACCUCCUUCUUCAAGGGAACUUUUUUUUUUCCGGUGGAAAAGGAGGAUCAUCGGGAGCAAAAAUCCAUGAUUGAAACGAUGUUCAUAAAAAGGAAUCCGGUCAGAGGAGCUUCCGCCGGAAAAAACUCUCCUCCGCCGCCGCCGCCUGUGAAUGUUGCAGUCGCGCACGUAAGAGUUGGCUCUUAUUACGAAAUCGAUUCCUCGGUUCUCCCUCAGAGAUCGCCCGAGCAACUUAAAUCGAUCAGAGUCGUCAUGGUGAGCAAAAUCAAGGGAAGCAACGUGUCUCUCCGAUACCCGAGCAUGUACUCACUCAGAAACCAUUUCGAUUCAAGCGGCAGCAGCAGGAUGACCCGGACUAAACCGGAGAAGAUGAGUGGUGGUCGUCUUCUUCCCGUUUUCGACGAGAGCCAUGUGAUGGCGGCGGAGCUAGCCGGAGAGUUGCUUUACAGGAGAAUCGCGCCUCACGAAGUCUCUGUGUGUAGAAAUUCCUGGGGUUUUUGGGUUUCUGCUGCUUCUCACAGAAAGAAUGUGUCGCGAAGGGAGAUGGUUUCUCAACCGGCGUACAACACCAGACUCUGUCGCGCGAUUUCGCCGGAGGGAAAGUGCUGGGCUGAGCUGAGAUCGAGAGGGAUGAUAAAAUGGGGGAAGAGAUUGCGCGUGCAGUACCAGAGCCGUCAUAUUGACUAUAACAAGAAUAAGGAAAAUUCUACACUGAAGGAGGAAGAAGAACAGAUCUGUAAGGGGGAGACGGAGGAAGAUGAUGGGAAUGAAACAGAAGGCACUGAUCAUGGACCUGAGAAGGAUGCAAAGGAGAUUAACGAUGAAACCCAUAAGAGAAAGUUAAUUGAAUCCAGGAGUGGGAGACUCGCUCAGAGGGCUAAAGUAUCUGAGCAGAAGAAGGAAACUCAAAUCGUGGUUUACAAGAGGAGAUCAGAGAAGAAAUUCAUCGACAGAUGGUCUGUGGAGAGGUACAAACUAGCUGAGAGGAACAUGUUAAACGUGAUGAAGGAGAAAAAUGCAGUUUUUGGUAACUCCAUACUCAGGUCAGAGCUGAGGUCAGAAGCGAGGAAGCUGAUCGGUGACACGGGUCUCUUGGAUCAUCUGCUUAAGCACAUGGCAGGGAAGGUGGCUCCUGGUGGUCAAGAUAGGUUUAGGAGAAAGCACAAUGCAGAUGGAGCAAUGGAGUAUUGGUUAGAGAGUUCUGAUUUGAUUCAAAUAAGGAAAGAAGCAGGAGUCGAAGAUCCUUAUUGGACACCUCCACCUGGUUGGAAGAUUGGUGAUAACCCUACUCAAGAUCCUGUCUGCGCUGGAGAAAUCCGUGAGAUCAGAGAAGAAUUAGCUAGCCUGAAAAGAGAUUUGGAGAAACUCGCGUCAAAGAAGGAAGAGGAGGAGCUUGUUAUCAUGACUACACCUAAUUCUUGUGUUACUAGUCAGAACGUGGACCAUGAUAACCUGAUGACUCCAGCAAUGGAAAUCUAUUCCGAUCUGCUGAAGAAGAAAUACAAAAUUGAGGACCAGCUUGUGAUAAUUUCAGGAACCUUGCGUAAAAUGGAGUUAGCAGAUAGCAAAGAAACUAGGAAGCUCCCAUGGAGAUUAGCAGAGAAAUGCCAUGAAGACAUGGGAUGUCUUAAGAGAACAGUGGACGAGAACUGUAUAAAGCCAGACUCAACAGAGACGCCUUUGCUUCUAGAGGAUUCGCCAAAAAUGAAGACACUAGAAGGAGAAGUGAAGGCGGUGAACAAGGAAAACCAAAUCACAGAGUCCGCUCAAAACAGCAAGAAAGAUGAUCGACAAGACCAACGAUCACCACUCUCACUUAUAAACACCACUGGUUUCAGAAUCUGCAGGCCUGUAGCGAGCUUCUCAUGGCCCAAGCUGCCUGCUCUUGCUGCUGCUACUGAUAUAGCUGAGUUUGCUUCUUUGCCAAGUCACCGACCAUCUUCUUCGUCGUCUCCUUGUCCAGUGAAGCCACUUGCAGCUAAGCGUCCUCUCGGCUUGCCGUUUCCCUUCUCCAUUGCUUCCUCAGAACCUCCCACGAACCUCUUUAACCUUUAAAGCUCUCAUUUGGAAAACUGAUGCAUCAGAUCUUACUUCCGCUACAAGUAAGCUCUGAUUUGAUUUUGGAAGAUUCAUAAACUACAAGCAAGCAGGUAUUUACAACUAUCACUUAUUAUAGAAUUUAAAGGCACUGAGAGAAGAAAAGGAAUUAUUCUUAUGGCAAUAAUUGGGAAUUUUGAAGUUUUUUCCUCUUUAAUUUAGGGAUUAUUAAGUCUCUGUUAAGUAUAUAAGAGAUGAUUUGAAUCGGCUUUAUCAUAGGAAAAUAUAUUGAAGAUGGGAUCAGAUGAUUCUGUAUUACUGAACAAUUUCUAUUAAUGAAACGGUUAUAUAUACUUUAUUCAA